AUGGAAACAUCUGUUACUCCUUAUGGUCAACUCUUCCAUAAUUUAACACAAAAUAUUAUAACCGGCUUCACUAUUGUUAGUUGUAUUUUGGGCCUGGUGGGAAAUGGAAGGAUGAUUUAUCUACUGGCCUAUUCUGUUAAGAGGAAUUCUUUCACCACAUACAUCCUGAAUCUCUCCAUCGCUGAUUUUGGGGUCCUCAUAUCCCUCAUUGUGUCGUUUAUAUUUGUGGCUUUCUCAAUUCUGUUUGCAAGAGCUUACCUUCUCGAUACCUUUUUCUUUUUCUUUUUCGAGCUCUUUUUCUUCACCUAUUCUUCUAGCCAGUUUCUCCUGAUGGCCAUCAGCCUGGACAGGUGCGUGGCUGUCCUCUUCCCACUGUGGCAUCACUGUCAUCGUCCGCCAUAUUUGUCUGCCAUUGUUUGUGGCAUCAUAUGGACCCUCUCCUUCCUGCUCACUGCAGUGCACUUCAUUCUCCACCAGACCAGGAGCUUUGGAAGUUCACCUUUAGUUUACCAGCUGAUUGUGAAUGGUUUACUUUGCAUGCCGCUCAUGGUUGUGUCCACUGUGACCCUCUUGUUCCACGUGGGCUCAAAAGCACAAUGCAAGCAAAGGAAGCUGCUGACCGCCAUCUUGCUGGCUCUCCUUUUCUUCCUCCUUUUUUCUGUCCCAAUGAAUGUCGUUUAUGUCUUAGAAUAUUUGGAUCCCCCUCAUUACAUUCUCAUGACAAUUGGCAUAGGAUGUGCUGCUCUCAACAGCAGCAUCAACCCCCUCCUCUAUUUCUUAGUCGGGAGGAAACAGACAGGAAAGGAUCAGCCCAGAGCAUCUUUGAGGGUUGCUCUGCAAAGAGUCUUCAGGGAUGAGCAGGACAAGCCAGAAAAGCAGAAGACCAUGGAGGAAGACCAGUUGUGAAGAGUCACUAUAACUGUAUAUUCAUUU